AUUGAAAGAUAACAUUUACAAAACAAAGUAAACUUUUUUACAGGAAACAUUUCAAAAUUAUUUUAUAAUUACAUAAAAUAAUAUAAAGUGAAUAUAUUUAGAUGGAUGGCCUUGCCGUGAUGGUUGCUGCGUUUUUUCAACUACUGGGCGGCGCCUUUUUCUUUGCCCAGACAACGGAUCGCUGCUCGCCGGCUCCGACCCUGGGCAGCUGGCUCUUCCUGUUGGCCACGUUAAGAUACCUCUGGGAUGUCAGCAUCUACCCGCAACGCUUCAACCACAUGGGCCGCGGAUGGCAGCUGAUGAUCGAGAUCGUAGCCGCCAUCUUUCUAGUCGAACUGGCAACCAUGUUCAUCUGGUGCGGCAUAGAGCGGUUCCUGUUUGGGCUGACGAACGAGCUACUUGGUGAGAGCCACUGCGGGUGCGAGCGCUCGCCUUACCUUUAUUGGAUUUCGGGUCUGAUUACCUUCUCAGCUGGAGCGGCAGUCCUGUGGUAUGUCCUGAAGGCCACCGAUAGCACCUACUACAUCCAGCUUUUCUACUGCCUCCUGCGAACUAACGUGAACAACUCGAUUCGAAUGAUGCGUUGCUUCUUUAAAUUAAGCCAGAAAAACAGGCGUCGAGUCGCCAAUUGCGCUCCCCCCGAUCCUCGAUGUCCGAGGCCGCCUUCAUGCCGCACUGCCAGGCCGCUUUCAAGUCGGGAGUAUAAACAGGAAAGUGACUCCAAAUGUCAUCGGUAGUUUUUUAAGUUUAAACUUAAAAUUUAAGGUUAGUAAAAUAUGUAUGCGAAGAGUGUGUUUUAAAUAAAAUUAUCGAAUUUCAAAUCCAA